AGAAAGUGGUGGGAAGCCACUAAAGAGCCAUUGUGGAUUUAUCAGUUCCACUAUUUCCACUUUGGGUGACUCCAUUUCCUUAGUCUUAGUGUUCUCCUGAGCUGUGGAGAGUGGAGAAGCAAUUGAAGUGCUACUGGAGCGCGUGCGUAUGAGUGUGUGGAGAAGAGCACAUCUAAAAACCAGAGCAGGGUAGUCUUUCCCUUUCAUGGACGUCUGGCUUUGAUUACAUGUGGGACUAAGUGUUUGAGAGAAAAUCCUGCCCAACAUGAGUGAGGAAGCCAAGGAAAAGGGCAACAGCAAGUCAGCUCACCGGAAGAAGAAAGGCAAAAAGACUGACACAAAUGCCAGUUAUCUGCGAGCGGCCCGGGCUGGAAACCUGGAGAAAGCCCUCGAUUACCUGAAGUCUGGGGUCGAGAUCAACAUCUGUAACCAGAAUGGCCUGAAUGCUCUUCAUCUCGCCUCUAAGGAGGGACAUGUGGAGAUAGUGGCACAGCUUAUUAAACUCGGAGCCAGUGUGGAUGCGGCAACAAAGAAAGGAAACACGGCUCUGCACAUCGCCUCCCUCGCUGGUCAGACUGAAGUGGUCAGAGAGCUGGUGAAUAAUGGAGCCAACGUCAACGCUCAGUCGCAGAACGGCUUCACGCCCCUUUACAUGGCUGCACAGGAGAACCAUCUGGAAGUGGUUCGCUUUCUGCUGGACAACGGCUCCAGCCAGAGCAUCGCCACAGAGGAUGGCUUCACUCCGUUGGCUGUAGCCCUGCAGCAGGGCCAUGAUCAGGUGGUCUCUCUGCUCCUUGAGAACGACACAAAAGGGAAAGUUCGUCUUCCUGCGCUCCACAUUGCCGCCCGCAAAGACGACACCAAAGCUGCCGCUCUGCUACUCCAGAACGACCACAAUGCCGACGUAGAGUCUAAGAUGAUGGUGAAUAGAACCACAGAGAGUGGUUUCACCCCACUGCACAUUGCUGCACACUAUGGCAACAUCAAUGUGGCUACGCUGCUCCUCAAUCGUGGUGCUGCCAUGGACUUCAGAGCCAGGAAUGACAUCACACCUCUCCAUGUGGCGUCGAAGAGAGGAAACAGCAACAUGGUCAAGCUGUUGCUGGAACGAGGAGCGCGCAUCGAUGCCAAAACCAAGGACGGUCUCACUCCACUCCACUGUGGAGCCAGAAGUGGCCAUGAGCAAGUUGUGGAGAUGUUGCUGGACCGUGGAGCUCCAAUUCUGUCCAAGACUAAAAAUGGACUGUCUCCGCUGCACAUGGCCACACAGGGAGAUCACCUGAACUGUGUACAGCUUCUGCUGCAUCAUGACGUACCUGUAGAUGAUGUCACCAAUGAUUACCUGACAGCGCUGCACGUGGCAGCCCACUGUGGACACUACAAAGUGGCAAAGGUCAUCGUGGACAAGAAGGCGAAUCCUAAUGCCAAAGCACUGAAUGGUUUCACACCACUUCACAUCGCCUGCAAGAAGAACAGGAUCAAAGUGAUGGAGCUGCUGCUGAAACAUGGAGCGUCUAUACAGGCAGUGACGGAGUCUGGACUCACGCCGAUUCAUGUGGCUGCUUUUAUGGGGCACGAAAACAUUGUGACUCAGUUGAUGAAUCAUGGUGCAUCGCCAAACACAACCAACGUGAGGGGAGAGACAGCGCUCCACAUGGCCGCCAGGGCUGGACAGACGGGUGUAGUGAAAUACCUGGUGCAGAACGGAACUCACGUUGAUGCCAAGUCCAAGGAUGACCAGACUCCGCUGCAUAUCUCCAGUCGUCUGGGGAAGCCUGAGAUUGUGCAGCUGUUAUUGCAGCACGGAGCCUCGCCCGACUCCACCACCACGUCUGGAUACACACCGCUGCACCUGGCAGCCCGCGAAGGCCACAAAGACGUAGCCUCAAUACUGCUGGACCAGGGAGCUUCACUGAGCAUCACCACCAAGAAGGGAUUCACACCUCUACACGUGGCAGCUAAGUAUGGCAAAAUAGAGGUCACCAACCUCCUGCUGCAAAAAAGAGCUCCUGCAGAUGCAUCAGGAAAGAGCGGACUAACUCCACUGCAUGUAGCUGCGCACUACGAUAACCAGAAAGUGGCACUUCUUCUCCUGAACCAGGGGGCUUCUCCCCAUGCAGCUGCCAAGAAUGGCUACACUCCUCUACAUAUAGCUGCCAAGAAGAAUCAGAUGGAGAUCGCCACCACGCUGCUGGAAUAUGGCGCUGAUACCAACGCCACCACUCGACAGGGCAUUAGUCCUCUCCACCUGGCUGCCCAGGAGGGCAACGUGGACAUGGUCACCUUGCUGCUUGCACGUGAUGCCACCAUCAACAUGGGCAACAAGAGUGGGCUGACUCCUCUUCACCUGGUGGCCCAGGAGGACAAAGUCAACGUAGCUGAAGUGUUGGUUAAUCAGGGAGCUGCUGUUGAUCCUGAGACCAAGAUGGCGUAUACUCCGCUGCAUGUCGCCUGUCACUAUGGCAACAUAAAGAUGGUGCACUUCCUCCUGAAGAACCAGGCUACGGUCAACGCUAAAACAAAGAACGGAUACACUCCUCUACACCAGGCUGCACAGCAAGGCCACACACACGUCAUUAACCUCCUCCUGCAGCACGGAGCCUCGCCCAACGAGCUGACACUGAAUGGAAACACAGCUCUGUCCAUCGCCAGGCGGCUGGGUUACAUCUCAGUAGUGGACACCCUGAAGGUUGUGACUGAGGAGACCCUGACCACUAUGACGGUGACCGAGAAGCACAAGAUAAAUGUACCAGAAACAAUGAACGAGGUUCUGGACAUGUCUGAUGAUGAAGUUCGUAGAGCCAAUGUCCCUGAAAUGCUCAAUGAGGACUAUAUGUCAGAUGUUGAAGAAGGUGAGGACGUGAUGUUAGGGGACACAGAUAAGUACCUGGGUCCCCAGGACCUGCGAGAGCUAGGGGACGACUCCUUGCCUCAGGAAGGUUACGUGGGUUUCAGCAUCGGAGCCCGAUCUGGAAGCCUGCGCUCCUUCAGUUCGGAUAGGUCCAACACACUGAACCGGAGCUCUUUCACCAGGGACAGCAUGAUGAUCGAGGAGAUCCUGGCACCCAGCAAGGACACGCAUCUGGCUGUAGCUAAAGAGUAUGACACUGACUCUCUGAGGCGAUACAGUUGGACAGCAGACGCUCUGGACAACGUCAACUUGGUCUCCAGCCCUGUCCAUUCAGGGUUCCUGGUGAGCUUCAUGGUGGAUGCUCGCGGUGGCUCCAUGCGAGGUAGCCGCCACAACGGGAUGCGCAUCAUCAUCCCACCACGCAAGUGCACGGCCCCGACUCGCAUCACCUGCCGCCUGGUCAAGCGGCACAAGCUUGCCUCGCCACCGCCCAUGGUGGAGGGAGAGGGACUAGCAAGCCGCCUAGUGGAGGUGGGCCCUGCCGGAGCCCAGUUCCUCGGCCCUGUGAUAGUGGAGAUCCCUCACUUUGGCUCCAUGAGAGGGAAAGAGCGUGAGCUGAUCAUUCUUAGGAGCGAUAAUGGGGAGACUUGGAAGGAACACCAGUAUGACUGCAAGACCGAAGCCCUCAAUGAGCUGCUGAACGGCAUGGACGAAGAACUGGAGAGCAUUGAAGACCUGGAGAAGAAACGCAUCUGUCGAAUCAUCAGUAAAGACUUCCCACAGUAUUUUGCCGUGGUGUCACGGAUCAAGCAGGAGACUAAUCAUAUGGGUCCCGAGGGAGGGGUUCUUUCCAGUAUGACUGUUCCUCAAGUCCAGGCCUCUUUCCCUGAAGGAGCUCUCACCAAGAAGAUCAGGGUUGGACUUCAGACCCAGCCAGUCCCAGAUGAGACGGUGAAGAAGAUCAUAGGCAACAGAGCCACGUUCAGCCCCAUAGUAACAGUGGAGCCACGUAGAAGGAAGUUCCACAAACCGAUCACCAUGACUAUCCCUGUGCCUCCUCGAUCAGGGGAAGGCAUGAACAACGGCUACAAAGGAGACACGACACCUUGUUUACGCCUUCUGUGCAGCAUCACAGGUGGCACGUCCCCUGCACAAUGGGAAGACAUCACUGGGACUACUCCGCUCACUUUCUCCAACGACUGCGUCUCGUUCACUACCAACGUAUCUGCCAGGUUCUGGCUUGCAGACUGCCAUCAGAUUCCAGAGACAGUAUCUUUGGCCACUCAGCUCUACAGGGAACUCAUCUGUGUGCCCUACAUGGCCAAGUUUGUAGUGUUCGCCAAAAUGAAUGAUUCUGUGGAAUCCAAUCUGCGAUGCUUCUGCAUGACGGAUGACAAAGUGGACAAGACCUUGGAGCAGCAAGAGAACUUUGAGGAGGUGGCCAGAAGCAAAGACAUUGAGGUUUUGGAAGGGAAGCCUAUCUAUGUGGACUGCUACGGCAAUUUAACGCCUCUGAUUAAAGCCGGACAGCAGCUGGUUCUUAAUUUCUAUGCGUUUAAAGAGAACAGACUGCCAUUCUGUGUAAAGGUGAGGGACAACAGCCAAGAACCUUGUGGACGGCUGUCCUUCCUCAGAGAGAUUAAAAAUGCAAAGGGGCUUCCCCAAACUGCCGUCUGUAACUUAAACAUCACUCUGCCCGCACUCAAGAAGACUGAAAAGCCAGAACGACGUCAUACCUUUGCAUCUCUAGCCUUACGUAAGCGGUACAGCUAUCUGACUGAGCCUGGAUUGAGCCCUCAGAGUCCUUGCGAAAGGACAGACCUGCGGAUGGCUAUAGUGGCAGAUCAUCUUGGCCUUAGCUGGACUGAGCUGGCCAGGGAAAUGGAUUUCUCGGUUGAUGAGAUAAAUCACAUCCGUGUGGAGAACCCCAACUCCUUGACAGCUCAGAGUUUCAUGCUAUUAAAGAAAUGGGUCGGCAGAGACGGUAAAAAUGCCACAACGGAUGCCUUAACUGCAGCACUGACAAAGAUCAAUCGGAUGGAUAUUGUGACAUUGCUGGAAGGGCCAAUAUUUGAUUAUGGUAACAUUUCAGGCACAAGGUGUUUUGCAGAUGAUAACGCAGUUUUCCGGGAUCAGGCUGAUGGUUACCACGACAUCAGUCUGGAGCUGCAGAGUCCCUCAGAGUUGUCCUAUGAACCCCCCACCCCUCUCCGCCAGGACGAUUUCUUUAGCGAGGACGGUAGUGUAGACCCACCCAGUAGAUCCCCAGUUAGACCCAAUGAACUGUCCUUGGCGACCACUUCCAGGGAUGCACUCUCCCCGAAUGCAGCACCCCCUACUGUGGUAGCUGAGGAUUCCUCAAUAGGAGGCAGAGGCUCAUACAGCCGAGAUGGGGGCUCGACCGAAGAUGAUCUGGAGUCCCAUGACUGUGAUGAGGUGUUUAAGCAUCCAGAAGUGUUCAUGCAGAGCACUCUCCAAGAGCAAGAGGUUCCUCCCAACAGAACCCAUGGGGCAAGAGAAAGUGGCAGGUCUGGUUUUGAACAGCAAGAGGACAAAGAAAUGACCCAGGAGGAGUCCCUUUUUAAAGGCAUUAACUUGGAGGAAGGGUCAGAGAAUGAGGAGAUAACCAAAGAAAAAGUGGAACAGGCAGAAAAAGAGAUGUCUUCACUUGCAGGGUUGCAAGAAGGGCCAUCCAGUGUGAGCCAGGAGGUCUCUGCUUCGGUUCUGCACACUGAUACACAAAUGCAAGAGAGGAGCCAAAAGCCAACUGAGAGACAGAAUGGGGAACUUCAAGCUCAAGGGGGUUCACUGCUUGAGACCCAGGAAACUUCGAGUAAGGCAAAGGGCAAAAGCAGCAGGGACCCCCCAAGUGACAACACCGCUGGGCCGAGCACCAUGGAUGAGGAGACAGCAGAGCCAAAGGCUAAGGAAGCACAUAGAGACAAUGAGUCCAGUUCUGAUGAGGAACACACAGUCACCACCAGGGUGUAUCGACGGAGGGUGAUUCUGAAGGGUGAUCAGGCCAAAAACAUUCCCGGCGAGUCAGUCACAGAGGAGCAGUUCACAGAUGAAGAAGGAAACAUUGUUACCAGAAAAGUUAUCCGGAAAGUGGUACGUCGUGUGCCUGGGAAAGAUGAGAAAGGCAAGAAGAAAAGGAGCAGGCGCUCCAGACAGGCCGCUAGGGCUGAGGAGCCUGUUGAACAGGAAGAGGGGCCCUCUAAGAGCCCCGAGGGCCUGAGUGAAAACUCUGAGGUUGGAGAGGGAGACAAGAAGAAAGAAGGGAGACAAAGAGGAAAAAAGGGUCAAUCGUAACAGUCAUGUGUGCUAUCUGAGAUCUGAACUUGUUUCAUCAUUGUUUUCCUGGGAAAAGGAUCACUGGAAAAGCAAUGCAGGAGAUCGGAACAGGGGAUUGUGCGUCUGCAGCCUUUACAUAAACGCAUGGUUUUUAGGAAGAGGACUUUAUGAUUUCGCAUGAGCAUGGAAAACCUCAGACUUUCUGUCAACGACACAAAGCAUCUGAUCGGUGCCAGGAAAUGACACGUUAGCUCAAGACUGUUGGGGGCACGAAGCUUCUUCUGCGCCUUACGUUGGAGGAGUGCCAGUGACUACAAAAAUGGCACUGAAGCAUUUCCAUGACCAAAGAUGGUACAAAGAGCAUUGUGGACUGACAGAAAUUGAAGAAAAUGUUUUUAAAAACACCUUCUACUCUCGCCUUACUUUUUCUCCCCACUCUCGGACUUGUGACGGGCUGUAUAAUGCUGUUUUUAAAGAUCCUGUACAUAAACCAGAACUGUAUAAAAUCUAAAGUAGCUCACUAAAUUGUGAAUGCACGGGCAAGAGAAUCCCAUCGUGUGUUAGAAACGAAAUGAGAAAUGAAAGGAAACGAAUGCUGAUAUUAAUUCCAAAUUUAAAGAUAAAGUUCGAGGAGUGACUCCACAGGUACACUGUAAUUACACAAAGAAAAAAAAAAGGACUUUUUACACAAGAACAAGUUUGCUUUUUAAGCGUACCACAAUAAUGACAAAACGACAAGUGACAUAGCUGCAGUUGUGUUAAAAGAUUUACUCAGAAUACUAAUAUUUUGAUGCAUGUGAUUCACCUUAUUUUUGAUUUGUUUCCUAUCUACAUAACCAGAGGUGUGGUAAAUGUUCUAUCUGUGUGCACACUCAUAGCCUUGGUAUUUGUCACUAAUACUGUUUUAUAAUGACACCACUGAACCACAAGCGACUCACAGCAAGUCGGAUGGACACCGUUGAAUGCUAAGUUCUUGCAGCUAAAGUUUUCCUAUGCAGUCACAGACAAGCAUGGAGUGUUGAGUGAGAGAGAGAGAAAGAGAGAGAGAGAGAAAGAGAGAACUGGCACACCAUUAACUUUUAACCGGUCUCAUGUGUAUUAGCACUAAGAGAUCUUUCUGUACGCCAUUCUAACAGUGUAUUACUAGGUUCCAAGGCUGCUGUGGUCAUAAGGGGCAUUUUUUUAUUUGGGUUUGGUGAAAUAUUUCCUUAUGUUGAAUAUACUCAAAAGAAAAGAGAGAGAGAUCACCUUCAGGUAUUCAUUGAAUGAUCUGGUAACAAACUUGUAUGAGAAACCAUACACUGGAUGAUUGAAUUAAUUAUUUAAGCAUAAAAUAAAUUGUGUUCAAAAUCAAA